GGAGCCGGAGCGGAUCCAGUACUAUGUCCCAUCAUGAGCUUUGCCAGUCCAUGAUAACACAUGCAUAUCCUUUCCUCAGCAACUCGACUGGUCAAGUGUAAGAAUGUCAGGAUGGAUGGAAGGCCCGGUAGCAUUAUUAAGGAGGUUCAGCUUCCAGGUGUGUGGACAAGCCCCUGAGAGCUUCUCUGUGCAGAUUAGCUGCUUGAUUGUGUUGACCUUGCCUGAAUCAGAACAUAUGUGUAAUAGGCCAUAAGGUGGACAAAGAUGUGCAUUUUACAUCAUACAAGACUGACUGAACAUGAUAGGCCUAUGUGUGCAGCAGUGGCUUCAUAUACCAUCAGAGAAUCCAGAAUACUUUUAUCUACUUUUCCUACCUGACUGUUGUCAGUAUACUUGAUGACUACCUUGCUUCUUUAUUCUUGUCUAACCUACCUCAUGUUGCAGUUUCUCAGGGUAAUUUCUGAAUGUGUCAGACAGUAGAUGGUGCUCUUUGCUAAAUCAGUUACUCUAAGAAAGCUGCUAUUAAUAUUUCUUUAUUUAAAAUUUAAAAACCAUCAUACCUAGGGCACAGUGGGUAGCAUUGCAUUGCACGAGGAAGCAGGUUUGAAUAUUGUCAUAUGUCAAGAUCCCAUAUACUAAACAGCUAUUUUAAAUUGCAGUAAUAUACUAUUUUGCUGUAUUUUUGAUCAAAUAAAUGUUGCCUUUGUGAGCUUAAGAGGGGAAAAAAAUUCUUUAAAAAAUGUUUACCAACCCCAAACUUUUGAACAGUAUAUAUAUAUAUAUAUAAUUUAUAAAUAUAUAAUAUAAUAUAAAAAAAAUUCUUUAAAACUAUUAAAUAUUUCAUUUUGUGUUCAUAAUGUUUUAACAUCUUAUAUAUUAAUAUGGUAAAUAUGCUUUAUGUACUAAAUGUAGUAUAAAGCUAUUUAACCUAAAAUAUAAAUAAAAGUAAAUUAAAAGGUAAUAAUGCUUAUACUAAGGUGUUACAGAGAAAAUAUAGCCUAUAUUUUUUUUUUACAUUGGAGUCACCAGCAUGACUGACUUGCUAGGUUAGUAACCUGUGCUGUAGAUUGAAAGCAAAAAGCCUAUUAAAGUACCAAAGAAUGAAGGAAAAAGAAAGAUGCAAAUAAAUACAGCUUAGCAUUCAUUUCUUCACAUCUCGCCCACAUUUGACUCAUCGCUGUGUAUUGCUUUAACCUUCAUGUUGGGGUGUGACAGAGGUAAUGGAUACUCUAUGGUGUUGUUCAGCACAGCCAUAGACUGAAUGACAACACUGCGAAAUGUCAGCAGGACUUAAUCUGCCUCUCUGCUCUGUCAUGUGAGGCAUUUCAAGCAUUUGAGCGCUUGUAACACGAAGGGAUUCAUAUUCUCAAAUGAUGGAAAUUUAAUUUAGCUUGUUAAAAUGGUGCACUGCUAAUAUUUUGGUUUCUACUUUCUUAAAUGGGCUACACAAUAGAUUUUAGCUAAGUGCUUUAAAUUGUUUUGUCUAUGUUCUUUGAGCCAUCAAUCAAAUCAUGAUAGUAUCCUUAUCCUAAAAUAGACCAUGUGGAGCUUAAUAGUGUCUUGUUGUAGUAUUAAAAGAAUGUGUGUUUGUGUGUGUGUGGAUGGGUCUAGACAUUUCUACAUCUGCCCCAGAACUCUCUGUGAGAUAAUCAUUGCUGCUAGUCUCGCAGAAAUUACACACUGCACUUUUAAAGUGCCCCAACACACACUUUGCAGAUUGUUUCUGUGCUCAUGCGUCUAUGUAAGUGUGCUCUAGCACAGCUGACAAAUGCUUUUUGCCCCACAGUGGUUAGACUAUAGUCAUCUCCCUGAGGCUAAAGUGGUGAUUAUGCAUACGCGACUCCCCCAUAAGCCCCUCUGGAUGGAGACAUAGGUGGUCUGGGCACUUUGUUGUACUCUUGUCAUUAAAAGUCAUUAUAUUGCCUCCUUGCUCACAUAACCUCCACCUGGAUCAUACACGGCGCUGGUGAGCUGUAUGCAUCUCUAAUGUCAUAGUCAUUAUCUUAAUGCACAAGGACACACACAGGUGAGGAGAUUUAGAUGAAAAGCCAUAAGUGAAAAAUGAGCUGUCACAGAAAUGGGACUGAAGGAACGUGGACCAUGAAUGAGGACCAAAGACUGUGUAAACCUCAGGAUGUUUGGUUGUGUUUCCUCUGUGUCUUCGAUUAGCAGUCAGAGUAAUGUUUCUUUUCAUCCAGAUUGAUGAUUUAUGUAACUGCUGUGAAAUCAUCCUAGUGUGUGAAUCGUAUAUCCAGUUCAGUCAUGAAACGCUGGAUGGCACAGGUCGAUAGGUCCUUUACAUGCAAUCUGCUGUCAGUCACAUCAAUCAUGCAUGAGCUAAUUGGCCUCUGCUGGAUCUGCAGCCAAUGAGAUUGCUUGCUCAUCAUUAAAAUAUUCUGGUUCAGUGUUCACUGUAAGCUGGUCCUGCAGUGUGCCAUCAGAGUAAAACCCUCCACCUCCCCCAGUUCCACCUGUCUAGAUCUGCUACAGAAUUUACAUAUUCCUGUUCAUGCAGGAGCAGCAUUACAUGCUCACAGCAGCAGCAGCAGCAUGCAUAGCAGAUAUAGUUCACCUAGACCAAAUAUAUUAACAUUGUCAUAUCCAUUAGCAUGUUAAAACUAUUCUACAAACUCUUAAAAUAUUCUAAAGAAUUUUAAAUUGAAAUCCUGAACUACUUUUUUUGUGACAAAAAUAAUAAAUAAAUAAAUAUUUUUUCAUCAUUUACUCACCCUCUUGUCAUUCUAAAACCUGCACUUAUUUCUUUUUUCUCUGGACCACAAAUGAAGAUAAUGUGGAAAAUAUCUCAGAAUAUUUUGAAAAGUGACUUGUUAAUGGGAAAAAAAAAAGAGGUGGGAUGGAAAAUUAUAUUUCAGUGCUUUUGUGAGUGAAUACAAGUUUCUCCGAGAAUGCAUAACUUUUGUCAGGGAAUAAAUUUUUUGUGGAACGCAAUAAUUUUUCAAGUGAAUGCAAAAGUUUUAAAAUAUGUAUUUUUCCUCCCAUCUCAUAUUUCAUCACCAUGUCUCAUUGCGAGCUCUGUAAAAGUCAUUGUUGUUUUGGACCCCAUUUACUUUCAUUGUACGAAUGAAAACAGUUCUUCCAAAACCUUCUUUUGUGUUAAGAAAGUCUGAAACAACUUGAGGGUGAGUAAAUGAUGACAUAAUAUUCAUUUUGGGGUGAACUGUCUCUCCAUGUGGCGUGUCAACUUUCUUAUUCUGUUAAUGUAUGUUCUAUUGAAACAGGAAGUUUUAGUGGAACACAUCAAAAAGUUCAAAGUUUUUAAAUAAUAUUUUGUAAGCAUGUUUUAAAUAUCCUGAAUGUUCCCCAUUAGUUUUUCAGCAUGUAAGACAAAAUCUGAGUGAAAGAAUGCAUAACCUAUUUGUAUGCAGGAAUAUUGCACUGUGACACUGUCUGUAUAUGAUUGUUAAACUUUUAGUGCAGUACUUCUAUGAUCAAUUUUGUGUCUAUGACAUAAACAUGUUCAUGUGCUUGAAAAAACAGUUUGAGUAGCUGUUCGUGUGAAUAUGAAUGACGCAGUCAGCGGCAGUGCGUUGCUGUUUUAUUGAUGUGUUAAUGUGCAUGUAUGAAUGGUACUUUUAAUAUAUUUAAUAAUAUACUCUUGAGUAUAACAUGCUUAUCAUUGAAAGCAUUUGACUGAAAACCUGUUUCUUAAAAAUAUCGUCUUUUAUAUUUCAUAGAAGAAAAAUGAUGACAGAAUUGUCAUUUUUAAUUGAACUAUCCCUUUAAAGUGUGUGUUUCUUUGCUGUGUUGUGUGUGUCUGAGAGAGAGAUAGCAGUCAUAAAGUUAGUGUAUCGAAUAAACAAGUAUUGCACACUUUCUGCUGAUGUGAUCAUUUGAAUAAAUGACCAUUGUAACGACCUCAAUGAAAAUGGACAUUUUUAUAUAACAGCUAUCAUAUCUCUGACAGAAACCCCUUUAUAUCUUUGCAAAGUAAUUGCUGUACACAUAAACGUGUAUGUGAGUGAUACGUAUGUACGUACUCGGUACAUAUGGGACACGGAAGCAGGGUUUAUGAUUCUAAAAGUACCACAGACAAGGUCCCCUAGAACAGCUUUGGUGACAUGCCAGUUUAAAUGCGGAUGCUUGUUUGGCGUGGGUUUACAAGCUCAGAUAGAAGCGCUUUUGGUUAGAGAGGAUCUUUAUUUUAAUCAGAAAUGUCAAUUUAAUCAAGCCGAUGUAUUAUUGUAUAUGUUUUAUUUCCUAGUAUGUCCAGUAUAAGGAUGUUGAUGCCUUGUGUUGUAUUACAUGAAAGACUCGGUGAAAGCCAGUCACAUGAUUUGAUUUAAAUACGAUUUAAAUUGCAAUAUACGGCUACAAUACCAUUGAAUGUAAAACUUUCUAAUCUUCUAGAAGAUGCAUCCAAUUACAGAGCAUUAGGCCGGUUUGCAUCUGUUUUUGAUAUUGCAACUUUCAUCCGCAUUGUAUCAGAUCACAAAGUCACGAUUCCCACGACUGUCCCAUGCAGGUGCUCUUUUUCUAUUCCACUGAAGAUAAUCACUAAAAAUACAUCGGCCGUAAUCUGCUUAGGUAAACCAGGAAGGAGCUCACAGCAGGGGGCUCAGCGCUGCUUCACCAACAACACAAAUAAACCCCUGCGAUCUGGAUGUUUAAUCUAGUACCUGGGGUUGAGCUGUAACACAACUCACUUUUGCGUGACCGGGCGAUUUUUAUGUUCGUCUUGCAUGGUAUCUCCUUUAGUGGUUAGAGGGUCUCGCCAUGCCCAACUUACCCAAUCUUAACAGCUUUGGCAAACUGUGCGGCUCCAGCCGCAGCGACGACUCUGUGGUGCUGGACCGGGUGAAGCGCAAGAACUCAGUUCGGAGAAUGUCCAUUAUUGAAGAUGGGAACGUGGCUGAGGUGCUCUACCUCAUUCCCAAACAGUCCAUGAUGGAGCAGCUGCCCUUCCUGAACCCUAAUGAGUAUGUCAUCCUGGAGAAAAUGGCACCUCCUGACAUGGGACCCGUGGCCCAUCCUCAGGAACCGCACCAUCCACCAGGAAAACUGGUCAUCCAGUGCUAUAAGUGUGGGGAGCCAUGCAAGGGAGAGGUUCUCCGGGUGCAAUCCAAGCACUUCCAUAUAAAAUGUUUCACAUGCAAAGUGUGUGGUUGUGACCUGGCCCAAGGUGGUUUCUUCAUGAAGAAUGGGGAGUACCUAUGCACGCUGGACUACCAGAGGCUUCAUGGCACUCGCUGUAAUGGCUGUGGAGACUUUGUUGAAGGAGAGGUGGUCACUGCUCUUGGGAAGACUUACCAUCCCACAUGUUUUGUCUGCACUGUUUGCAAACGACCAUUUCCCGCUGGUGAUCGAGUCACAUUUAAUGGAAAAGACUGUCUCUGCCAGCGUUGCAUCCAGCCAACUUCCCCGACUCCCAAAGACAUCAGCACCCCUAGUAACUGUGCAGGAUGUGGCAGGGAUAUAAAGAACGGUCAGGCUCUUCUGGCCUUGGACAGCCAGUGGCACCUCGGCUGUUUCAAGUGCAAGGCCUGUGGGAAAGUGCUGAGCGGGGAGUACAUCAGCAAGGAUGGUUCUCCGUACUGUGAGAAAGACUACCAGAUCCAUUUUGGCGUGCAGUGUGAGGCCUGUCAUCAGUUUAUCACAGGGAAAGUUCUGGAGGCAGGAGAUAAGCACUACCAUCCAAGCUGUGCACGAUGCAGCCGAUGCAAUCAAAUGUUCACGGAGGGAGAGGAAAUGUACUUACAGGGUUCUACAGUAUGGCAUCCAGACUGUAAGAACAACAGUAGAGUGGAAGAGAAGUACAGACCCCUUCCACCCUCAGUAACAUCUCUGCACCAAUCAGAAAGGCAGCCCACAAGGUCAUCGUCUGAGAGUAUCUGUUCGAGACCUGGCUCGAGCAUCCCUGGAUCUCCAGGUCAUACCAUCUAUGCAAAAGUAGACAAUGAGAUUAUUGAUUACAAGGACCUAGCAGCCAUCCCCAGAGUCAAGGCCAUUUAUGAUAUAGAGCGUCCAGACAUGAUAUCCUAUGAGUCUCUCCAUUCCACCUCCUCCACCCUGGAAAGACAAGGAAGGCACAGUCCUGGAGAGCCUGUCAAAGCCUCAGGUGGCAGCCCUCCCAGAGGCAGAGCCACAACCCUGCCACAAGACCCCUUCUCACUGUCCGCAGAAACAUCUCCAAGGACACUGUCUCCCACCCCAUCUGCUGAGGGUUGUUAUGACGUGAGGGAGCGGAUCAUGCAGAGAUCCACCAGUCAGGGCUCCAUCGGCUCUCCGGUCUACCACCGCCAUAACUACAUACCCCCUCUGUCCAAGUCGCCCCAGCACUUCCACAGACCAGGCACUGAGCCAUCCAGUGGCCGGAGUUCUCCCCUUUCCUCUCGGCCGGCCACCCCGACCCUCUCUCUGACCCCUAAACAUUUCCACGUCCCAGACCAAGGCAUUAACAUGUAUAGAAAACCACCAAUCUACAAACAGCAUGAUUCAGCUGCACUGGCAGCCCAAAGCAAGUCCGCUGAUGACAUCAUCAAAUCAUCCAAGUUCCCCGCUGCUCACGCCCCUCGGCCGGACGAAACCCCAAAGAUCGAGACUGACUUCUGGCCGUGUCCUCCAUCCCUUGCUGCUUUAGGCUCAGACGGGAGGAGUCGGUCACGGGACGAAGAAGAGGAAGAGCAACUCAAACGCAGACAGCUUCAGGAAGAACAUCUCAGCAAGAUCCAGUCUGGACUUGGGAAGCUCAUUCUGAAGGAGGAGAUGGAAAAGGAGAUGAACAGAGAGAGAUACAUACGAAGUGUGGCCGCCCAGCGCUUUGACUCCCAAUAUGCUAACUACUCCCAAACCGUAAAAACAUCAUCUCUGCCUGGAUAUGGACGGAAUGGCCUCCAUCGGCCCCAGUCUACAGAACUCUCUCAGUAUAACAGUUAUGGGGAUGUGUGUGGAGGACAAAGAGAUUUCAAGCCCACCCAAGAUGCCCAAGAUUCCAUUACAAGAAUGGACAGGGGAAUGUCUAUGCCUAAUAUGUUGGAAUAUAAAGUGUACCCAUAUGAAAUGCUCACUGUCGCCAACAGAGGGCGUACUAAGCUCCCGAAGGAUGUGGACAGGACGAGACUGGAGCGUCACUUGACUCCUGAGACAUUCUUUGAUAUUUUUGGGAUGGAGAUCCACGAGUUUGACAGACUUCCUCUUUGGAAGCGCAAUGACAUGAAGAAGAAAGCCAAGCUCUUCUAACUAGCUGAUUGUGCAUGUUUUAAUUUAUCAGUCACUCACAUGAUGUAUUAGAGCGAUAGUCUAUUUUUUUCCCCCUUUUUUUGCAUCCAAUUACAUGCACAAAAAAAGUUUUAUUUUGCUUUAAAAAGACCACUUUUUAUUUCCCCAAAUCUAGAUAUCUUUAUCUUUAAAUGAGUGAGUGUUUGAUUAGAAACAAAAUGCGGUGACCCCUAGAUGCGAACACACGAUCGAGAGGAGCUGAUGGUGUGCCUGCGCUCAUUAAACCUGCCUCCAGAACCAGAGAGAUUUAUCCUCCUCCCUCCUGGCCCUCUUGUAAAACAGGACUGUAAUUUUUUAGAUGGGGAUCCGGGGGCUGUCAGCAGGGAUCUCCCUCUAAACAGGCCGUUAGGUGGUGGAGGUGUAGGGAGCCCUGGAGCCCCCCUGCUGCUGCGGUCCUAACGAGACCUUUGAAGUGCGUUAAAAGCGGGAAGUGAGAGCUACUGAAGAUCCUCCACCUGCGGAGCAGAGCUUCUGGAAGGCAUUAGAAACUGAAAUCGGCGUCCUGUCCCACCAGCACUCUGCCGCCUCGCCCCAUUCUACAUGUAAAGUAGCAAGCAUGUUCACCAUAACCAAAGCCCAAAACAGCACCUGAAAUAGAUAAGUUCUUUAUCCAAAAUCCACUAGUCUGAUAGCCAUAAGAGGCGGUGGUGAUUAUUAUUAUUACAAUUUAGAAAAUUAAACUUCAAUUAUUUUUAAAAUUAAUGAUUAAAUGUCGCCACUAGAGGUCAGAGUCAGAUGUGAGACGAUAACAACCAUCAGCCCACUCUGAAUCAGACAAUCCGUUUAUUGUGACUUCCGGUUUUUCUGCAAUAUUAAACAGCGUUUUAUUUUGAAUAAAGCAAGAAAAGCCUUUGAAAUGACUGCCUCAGGCUGAUGAUACACAGGGCAACUUUUUGAGCAAUGUUGCCGUUAACGGGCAACCAGGUGAGACACAACCUGGCCCAUGACCGAUCUAAAUUUUCCAGAUAGAAAUUUGUUACCCAUUCUCAAUGGACACGUGCCCAAGUAACAUUGCUCAAAAAAGGUUGCCCCAUGUAUCAUCAGCAUCAGAGGUGUUUCAAUACUGCCACUGUGUUGACUUGGGAUUGUCGGAGCUGUAGCCAUAGCAUUUGUGCCAGGUGUAGACUCGAUAUCAGGGCCGUACCUCUGUCGUUCAUUUAUAUUGCUGCCGAAUAAUGCUGUUCCCAUAGACACUGUCUCGGCUUGCAGAUGUAUUAUGGGUCGCCGUUGGCUAUUAUUCCCAGCAGUUUCCUGUGUUACUAGCAGGGUUAAUGACAGAGAACUAGGACAUAUUACAGCAUUGUGCUUUUAUAGUAUCACAAAACAUAUGACUAUAACGAGUGUGAUUACUAGAAACAGACCUGUAUGUCACUUUAAAACAGAAUGAAGAGUUGGUUUUGAUACCCCUACUGUGUACCUCACCUUUUUCUGUCUUUUUUGAGGGAAAAGAUUUGAUGAAAAUGGUGUAUAAGCUCUGCUGAGUAAUAAAACUCUGCUUCAGAUCA